AUGAAUUUAUUGCAGAGAAAAGCGCAUAAAAACGACCGCAGGAGAGAUAAUAGAGGCCAGCAUUUUGAAGCCAUAGUGAAAGAAAAUGAAAAAUUUUUAAGUUACUAUACGACAUUGAAGUUAAUAAAUGAAGAUGAUACUCCCGCUUUCCUGGCUACUCUACGGGAGCCAUUGCCAGCAACUUUUAGAAUAACUGGAACAAGAAAUCAUGCUAAGGAAUUGCUGCAAUGUGUACGAACACAUUAUUUCGAUAAAAUGGAAGGCACCAUGAUUGAAGACAAGGCAAUUCUUCCUCCACAACCAAUACCUUGGUAUCCUGAUGAAUUAGCAUGGCAGAUAAAUUUAACUAAAAGCACUAUUAAAACAUCGAAGGAAAUGAUGAAAUUAAAAAAACUACUAGUAGAUGAAACUGCAUUGGGCAAUUUUAGUAGACAAGAAGCUGUCAGUAUGAUUCCUCCUUUGCUUUUGGAUGUACAACCCCAUCAUUAUGUCCUUGACAUGUGCGCCGCACCAGGAUCUAAAACUGCUCAGCUAAUAGAAUUCUUGCAUCAAGACUCAAGCAAAAUUAUUCCUGAUGGAUUAAUUAUAGCCAACGAUGCUGAUAAUAAGCGAUGUUAUAUGCUGGUCCACCAAAGCAAGCGAUUAAAUAGUCCAUGCUUUAUGAUCACAAAUUAUGAUGCGUCAACGAUGCCAAACAUCUACAUAUCGAAGGAUGGUAUCAGUAAAAACAUCCCGAUAGUGUAUGAUAGAAUAUUAUGCGACGUGCCCUGCAGCGGUGACGGUACUCUACGAAAAAAUAUCAUGUUAUGGAAACGCUGGAAUCAAAAUAACGCUUUAAGUCUCCACUGUCUACAACUUAGGAUCCUAAUAAGAGGAGUAGAGUUAUUAGCUCGUGAUGGUAUCUUAGUUUACUCUACAUGCUCGUUUAAUCCAAUAGAGAAUGAAGCCAUUAUUGCAGCUCUUUUGAAGAAAGCUGGAGGCUCAAUCAAACUAGUGGAUGUAUCUGAUAAACUACCAGCUCUUAAAAGACGGAGUGGAAUGAAUACUUGGAAAGUUUUAAGUAAGCAAGGAAAUUGGUAUAACAAUUUCAGUGAUGUCCCAGUAAGUGAUAGUGCAAUGAUCAAGCCUAGUAUGUUUCCUCCGUCUGAAAGCGAAGCACAAGAAAUGCAUCUGGAUAGAUGCUUAAGAAUCCUCCCACAAGAUCAGAAUACAGGCGGUUUCUUCGUUGCCGUACUGCAGAAAGUAGACCAUUUGACAUGGCUGUCAAAAUCUAAAUCAGUUCAGGCCAUUACUCAGAUCCCAGAAGUGAAAAGUAAAACAGAGGACGUAACAGUAGAUGAUCCGGCAAAAAAGCAACCCCCACAAGGGAUGACAAAUAACUCCGAAGACGAAGCAAAAGAACCUCCGUCUAAGAAAGCGAAAGGUAAUUUUAAAAAUUCAUUCAAAGAAGAUCCUUACGUAUUUAUCUCUGAAGCCGACCCUAUUUGGCCUGAUAUCAGAGACUUUUAUAAAAUGGAACACCCCUUUCCGAUAGACCUGGUAUUUACCCGUACAAAGAUCGGCAAGAAACGUACGUUGUACCUUGCGUCAUCUGCUAUCAAAAAUAUUUUAGAAAACAACGAUACCCUCCGUGUUAUUAAUACUGGAGUAAAGAUAUUUAGUCGCAGUGAAUCUCCGCAUGUCCACUGCAGUUUUAGAAUUAACCAGGAGGGCAUCGAAUACAUUUAUCCUUAUGUCCAACAUCGCAAGAUUUCUUUAACUAAAGAAGAUGUGAUCGUAUUUUUAACCCAAAAUAACCCAUUAGAUGUUAGAUUUUCUCCAAGUACACAUGGCCAGUUACUAAAAACAAGUAUGAAUUGUUUAGACCUAUCACAAUCAGAGGAUGCUACUGAAACUAAUGGUUUCAUAAUAUGUGGAUGGAAAGGAAAAUUUUCUGUAAGGCCUCUUAUACCGAAACCUGAUCAUACUCAUUAUCUAUUGUUAUGCGGUGAAGUAGGAUUGGCUAAUGAACCAAAUCAAGCUAUUUUGGAAAGCUCGACAGAAGAAGCUGCUAAUAUUUCAGCUCUAACUGAAGUAUCAUCAGAAUUAGAUGAAAUGGUGACUCCGGAAAGUUAA